AUGGACCGACGCACCGACAGUAAUCACGACACCAACAUUCCGGACGGCGACAGCGACAGCCCGGAGCAGCCCAACAUCAUCGCGCGCUUUCUGUCUAAUCUCUUUGAAGACCGCUUCUUAACCGACCGCCCCGCCAAUACCGCGACAUCGCCGAGUUUGCCCCAGUCGCAGUCGCAGUCGCAGGCGCAGCCUUUCAACGACCUCGUGCCUUUCUUCAGUGCAGACAGCGUCCUCGCAACACGUCUUGACAGUGGAAGCCAGCGCCAAGAAAGCAGCAGAGGCAGCGACGACACACCCGCAUCAUCAGCACCGCCAAUGCAACGCCCGCACGAUGUCGUCUUCUGCGUCGAGGAUACCGUCGGCUUGAAGGACGACAAGUACAGCGUCGGUGUCGUGGACAGGUCCUUUGGCGAUGUCGACAGCCACCAGCCACGCCCGCAGCGCGACUACAGUGAAGACAUUGAGCGUCAUGCUGACAUUUCACGGGAAGAAUUUGCCAAGUUCAUGAAGGAGGGCAUACCGGCACGCGGCACCGUUCUGGUCUCAUGGCAGACACAGCUGAAGACGGAACUCGUGCCCGAGGCGAAGCUGCAGCUGCUCGACCGCGCCCUGUAUGUCGGCGACGUGGUGAAGAGGAACGCCGACGAACACAUGAGUGGGACCGUCAUAGGCUCCAGCGCCGUCUGCACCCUUUUCCCUGCCAACCAGUACAACGGCGGCCAGAUUACGCAAGCCAUCAGCGACGACCUCUCCAUACGAAACAUACCCGCCGACGAGCUUCUCAACGUGCACGAGUUCAACGAGGGCGCCAUAGUCGUGUACGGCGACUGGGUGGGGCGCAUCGAAAAUGUAUACGACGAGGUCGCGGUCAAACUGUCAAACAACUCAGUCGUUGUGGUGGAAGACCCCAGCGAGCUAGAACACGAGGAGGUCGGCAUAGAGCGACUUAGCGUCGGAGACACAGUCAAGACAAAGAAGGGCAACCUGCGAAGAGGUCACUGGAGGUAUGGCGCCUUCGACCCACAUGUGCGACCGGAGGGCAUCAUAGUCGAGACGCGUACCAUUGAGAUUGACGUGCAGUGGCUAGCGAGGAGCAUCAGCGCGAGCAACACCAGUCUGUCUGCCGAGGAGCCACCAGCCACACUUGGCCCCGACGAAUUCGAGAGUUCUACCUUUUUCCGAUACGACGCCUCUGGAAGCUCUGCAAACACACUCCCCUUGUCUUCGAAUGGCACCGACCGCAUGUAUCACGUCACCGAUGUCGCAGUCGGAGACCGAGUUCGCUUCAAGGACAUCGCAGGCGCAGCUGUCAAGUACGAUGGUUCCCACACUCUACCGAACGGCUACCCGCAAGGCAAGGUGACACGCAUCGCACGCACAGAAUCUUUAGGCUAUGAUUUGAACGUUUUCCUCGUCAUGCAAACACACACCCAGGUCACUGUACAGUGGCAGGAUCUGACCACCACCGAACACCUUAGUAUAGACCUCUUACCAGAUCCGAACGUUGAAGACGACGAUGAAGUCUGGCCUGGCGAGGUCGUCUUCUCCAAAGAGGGACGCGAAGGCGACAGCUCGGAAGAAACAUGGACCAAGAAGCCUGCCAAGGUCGGGGUGGUGCAGGCUGUCAAGUCGCGCGACCGCAUAGCCCAAGUACGGUGGUUCGCAAAGCCUUCUAUUGAAUUCUUUGGUCCCGAUCUCCUUAGACCUUCUUCUACCGGGGAGCUGAAUGAGCAGAUUGAGGAUGUCAGCUUGUACGAUAUCUACUCUUUCCCCGCCCUGACACGGCGGCGCAAUGACUUUGUUUUGCUCCAUCCCGAUUCCAUCGAAGGCAUGCAGGGACCCCUGAACAUCACUGGGCCUGAUUGGUUCGGCGAAGUCAUCGACCUGGGUCUAGAUGGCAAGCUCACUGUCCGCCUUGGUGCAGCAAAGCCUGUUGUCGAUGUCCGAGUUUCUUACGAAGGCGUCACGCUCGCUUAUAGCAGUGAUAUGGAUGAUGAGUUCUUGAACAAUAUGGGUGGAGUGGAUGGAGACUCUCUUGACGAUUCGGACGAUGAUGACAUCUCUGACUUCGAUUCUGCAUCAUUCAACGAGAUGUGGAUCGAGUACGAGGGCAUGGACGGUGAGGUGCCAGUCGGCGACGACGAAGAGUGGUCGACGGAAGAGGAGGACGAUGACGACGACGACGACGACAUAUCGAUGCCAGAUCUGGUAGAGCAAGACGAGGUCAACACAUCGAAGACCACACCGGAAACCAAGUCGCCUGUUGCGAAAGAUGAGCGGGAUGACACAUCACCACCGGAGCCAGAUACAGCCUCACCGAUUGCCGAGGACAAACAAGAGUCACGUCUUGACCUUCUCCGCGUCAUGAUGAUCGGCCCCAACGAGACCCCAUACGAAUAUGCGCCCUUCGUCAUCGACUUCCACCUCCCCUCCACAUACCCACAAACGCCCCCCGAAGCAUUUUUCCACAGCUGGACUAACGGUAACGGCCCCGUGAACCCCAACCUCUACGAAGACGGCAAAAUCUGCCUCAGUUUACUCGGCACGUGGCACACGGACGAGCGCAACGAGAGCUGGAGUCCCGCCAAGAGCACACUUCUCCAAGUACUUGUGUCUGUCAUGGGCCUUGUACUCGUCAAGGAACCGUACUACAACGAAGCGGGAUAUGAAGUCCAUCGCUCGGCGCCUGAGACGAAACUCAGUAGCGCGUUGUAUACCGAGCGCGCCUAUUUCCGCGCUCGCGCUUUCAUCACCCAGGCGGAGGAUGCGCCGAGGUUACUUGACAAGGCGAUUGAAGCGGCCAAGGAGGUUGUUGAGCGCAGCGCUGAGACGGAUCAGGAUGGGGAGAGGGAUGGGUUGCGGACAAUGAGUCUUGGUGCUGUUGUCAUGUUGAAGAGACAGAUUGAGAAGUUAGAGGGGUUGAAGGGUCCGUGA